AUGCAGAAAAGCAAAUCAGACCUGUCCUGGCAGAGGGUUGCAGAUGGCAUUUCAAGUAGAGAACCAUCACGUUCCAUGGCCCCAACUUAUAAACCAAAAGGGACUGAUCUGGAUGCUCCUCCGAAGAGCAGGAGGACAACCCACACAACAUCAAAAAAGCAAGGUUCUGUAUUUUCUCCUGUUAUUAUUAUCUCUGCAAGUACAACGCUGAACCAGUCAAAAAAUACUCAAGCAACAACGGUAAAUACUCACAAUCAGUCACCACUGCCAUUAGUUUCUUGGACGUUGACCCAUGGUGCUACAAAGAAUCACAAAACAACAUCCAGCUCAGUCAUUGGUGCCAGCGGUGACGAAUACCAAGGGAGUCCUCGUCGUGGCCGUCAUCAUCGUCAAAAUGAUCCUCCUGAAAUAGUAAACAUGUCUCCUCAACGUGUAACAAUAGUAUCUGAAGACAACGAUGAAGACUGGUUUGGUCCAACACUCCCACCAUCUUCGCCUCAUGUACUCGAAGGUCCUGAGGAUAUAAGGACUCCAUCAACGCCUGUCCACCCCCCUCCUCAUAGGCGUGAAGCGACCACAUAUCGGUUUGUUCAUUUUGAUGCUCCAGACCCUCCAUUGUCACCUGUAGAGUCAUCUCCAUUGCCAUCCCCGAGCUCAAAAUCUUCUUCUGUAUUGAGCCAUGAGUCAUCGCCAUCAAGCUCCCCUUCACCAACUCAAAAGGACUCUCGUGGUGCAGGCGAUAUAUGGCCAUUCUUUGUAGAGGAAGAUAGCCAUCGCAUCUGCAAACUGUGCAGGGCUAAUAAAAAGUCAGCCACAAGACCGAAAACAUACCGGAUGAGCACAGGCACUACUGUUCUCUGA